CUACGCCCCACAAUACAAGUCAUUUAGUUUGACUGGAUAAUCCUAUCUAUAAACUCAUGAUGAUUUUUCUAAUCUUUUACUCUCUUACUUAUUAUUGGUUUUUAAAACCAAAGUCUCUAAGUUCGAAGGCUAUAUAUUAGCUCACUUUAAUUCUUUCUUCAACUAAUUAAUACAUUCUGUAUAUCCAUGAGUGACAACAUGCCAAAUCCCACUGACUGGGUACAUAUCUAUCAACACACCCUCUCUAGAUCACCACCACCACCUCCUCCGCCGCCGUCAACCACCGUCUCCGGUGGCGGAACCACCACACCAACUACUUCCUUCUCUACUAGUCCAUCUCACGGCCCAUUGGGCCGUGGUUCUAGGCCCAUUAGGAGAAGGUCUCGAGCUUCGCGACGAAACCCAACAACAGUAUUCAACACGGAUACAAGAAAUUUUCGGGCCAUGGUUCAACAAUUCACUGGAAAUCAAACUGGGCCGUUUGAUCAAUCACAAGGGCCCAUUCAGUUUUUCGGGCCCAGGAAUAUUAAUCCUAGUUUAUACAAUAUACAGUUUCAGCAGCAAGUACAACAAAAUCAGCAGCAAGUACAACAAAAUUUGCCCUACACAAGUAUUCCUCCCCCUCAAGGUCAAAUUGGUGAAACUAAUUUUUUUCAUGGACUAGGGAAUACUAGUUCUUCUAGAUCUAAUAUGGAGGUUUUUGAGAAUUUGGCCAUGGAUGAUAGGAUCAAUAAUCCGUUGCCACGUCAGCAUCAACGGGGACGGGACUGAAAAUAACUUUACACACCAUCAAAGAGUGUAGUGGAAUGGAUCGAUAAAGAUUCAUCUGUCUUGAAACAGAGAUAGUUCGAGUUUGAGACUUUGGAAUAACGAAGAGAUAAUGGUCAAAUUAAAACACACUUGGACCAUCAUUUUUCGUGUGUUUCACACUCCAACAAUAAGUUGUUCUUUUUUACUAAAUGAACAAUUACCAUCUCACACACCUAGUUGAGUAGAUGGAGAUAGUCAGCUAGAAAACAAGAACCGCUGAUAGUUGGCUUAUUCAGCUUCGAGGUGUGUUUUAAUAAUAAAUUGUGAUAGUUCAAGUAAGAAAGGGAAACAAACAACUGAUAGUUGCAUGGGGUGUGAAACUUACAAGAAAGUGAUUGUUCGGAUGUGUUUUUGACCAUUAACCCAACAAAUUAGAAGCUUGUUCUGAUCAGGCGUAUGACGCGAAUUGAAAUUAGUCAAGCCAGUAGAUAGCAUUAUCUUGGUGUAACAGUUAAUUUGGGACCAUGCAUGAACUUUCUGAUAUAUACGAUAGGAGAGGUGAGCAUUACAUAUUCUUAGUUUUCACCAGGUAAGAAAAUCUGAUCUCUUGUAGAUAUAAUCCUCUCCAGAACAAGACGUAGGAUCUGCUCUUCCUAUUUUUAACCUUCUUUUCUUUUGAGUAGGAGUGUAAUUUUAAUUUUUUUUUGCUCUUUCUCUACAUGUAAUUCUUCGAUUUCUUUAUUGCGUUUUUGACACUAUAACUUUUAUGGUUUUCUUUAAUGGGUUCUCUUAUUGCU